GUCAUUUCCGGUGAUAAUUUUUGCGGUCCUUCCUAACUUUAUUAUCAAAAAUUGUCAUUUCCCCGUCGUUUUCAACAGCAAAACCAUUGCCUAUAUGUAGAAAUGGAAGGGAAGGAUAACAGAUUUAUUUACCAUCUCUCUUCAUUUGAAGAUUCAAAGGCACUUGGGAGACUGAUUGACUCCACAGAAAGAAAUUUUUCAUCAGCUGGCGAAAAAGCUGAAGAAUCCAAAGGACCAGGGCUGAGUGAAUCUGUCAAAGGAAAGGUGACUCCUGUAACAGUGGAGAAAUGUAACACUGUUGAUCCAGUUUCCAUUCAUGACCAUGAUACAGAAGGAGUCAGUCUUCUCUUAGGUAUGAGAGAUAGCAUCAUAGCCAGUGAAGAAAAAGCAAGCUUUGAAAAAAACCGACUGAAGAGAGAGCGAGAUCCGCUGACUGAGCACGAGUAUGUGUCAUUAUCAAAACAUAAGAAGAUUAUGUCAGACAUGGAGGGGGCCUAUAGCAGUGCCGAGGACACGGACCAGGAAGAGAAACCAGCCAACCAGGAAGUCGGUCCAGUCGACCAGGAAGUGAACCACGUUAUUGACCACGUGGGGGAGGUAACUAAGGAAGAGAAGGAGGAGGUGGGGGAGGUGGUGAGGACGGAGGAAGUCAGCACGGUGGACGAGGACAGCCACGAACCCGUCUACAAGUGUGCCUUCUGUGACCAGUUCCACACCAAGUCCGAGCUGAAGAAGCACAUACAGAAACAUGUGGGGGACAGGCCCUACCACUGCGACCACUGCUCCAAGACGUUCAGUGGGAGGGGUCCGCUUCAGAGUCACCUCCGGAUUCAUAACCGCCCCUCCACGGUGAAAUGCUCGGUGUGUGACGAGGCGGUGAGGGACAAGACAGCCCUGUCCGCUCACAUGAAGAUCCACAUCACUAACCCUGCCUACAAGUGCUGGUUCUGUAGUCAGACCUUUGUUAAAAAUGAACAUCUACAAAACCACCUUAGGAUUCAUGCAGGUGAGAAGCCUUACAAGUGUGAGGAGUGUGGGAAGUCGUUCAGUUACUCCUCUAACUACAAGGUUCACGUCCGACUCCACACGGGGGACCGUCCAUACAAAUGUGGGGUGUGUGACGAGACGUUCCGACAGCUCCACUCCCUAAAGGCUCACCAGAGUAAACACACCGGACAAAAGCCUUUCAGGUGUGGUAUUUGUGACAAGCAGUUUCUCCACAAGCGAAGUCUUCAGUUUCACCUCCGUAUUCACUCAGCGGACUGUGAAGUAGAGAGAAUGCACGCCGAGGAUAUUCCUGGUCGAUGUGAUGCUUGUAAAACCUUAUUUACAGCAAAAAUGGAUCUCCUUCGGCGAGUGAAGAUAACGUCCGGGGAUCGCCCCUAUGGCUGUCGGGAGUGUGGAGAGUGCUUCCUCGAGGCAGACGACCUCAAAUCUCACUUCAGGAAACACGCCAAGGAGAGCACGCGGGGGUGUCUGAUUUGUGGGAAGGGGGACGAGGGGGUCCCACCUAAAAACGCAUACGUGGACAUUCAUAAACACAUGAAGACAAUGAGACUCCAGCUUAAGGGUUUCAAAAGAGAGGUGUCCCUGAUGAAGAAGGAGAUAGCUCUGCUGAAGAAGUCAGAAAUUGACUCGGAUGAAGUGUGUGAAGAGGAAUGUGUGUCGCCAGAGAUCAAAUUCGACGAAGUGGAGGAACCAGAGGAGAAGUUAGACCACCAGAUGGUAUCUCAUGAAGAGGUGGUGCACUGAGGUGGUACCCUGAUUUAUUAGGGGGGUAACACUAAGGACAUUUUAUUAAGUAUUGUCAAAUUUGACGGUGGUGCAUGACCUACAAAAGUAGAUGACUGUAUAAAAGUGACAUUUAAAUGUGAUGCAAUAACUUUGAAGUGAUGUUUCAUGUGAAGAUGAUGCACCACCUCAAGUGGUUCCUCAUUUUAAUGUGGUGCCCUUUAUCAACUUAGCUAUUUGUAUAUAUAUUGCUAAAUAGAACUAAUUGAUCUUUGAAUUGCUUGUUUUUUAAAAGAUGUCAAAAACAAUAGCUAUUUACUCAUUCCGAACAAAGUGAGUAUUAACGUAUUUUAUACCAAAUUAAUACUGUGUCAUUUCUGGUACCUUUAAAAAGACUUCUAUAAGGGAGGUGUACAUAUAUUUAUAUUUAUACAUCUGUACACAUGUAUUUGUCUUAGAGAUUGCAGAAGACAUUGAACUCCUAUGAUGUUCUUAUACAUAAACAAGAGAUUUAUUUUAUGUUUAAUUAACUAAUAUCUUCAUAUUCAAUGUAGUUUCAUAGAUGAAAAAAAAAUUAUCUUGAAAAAAAAUUGUCAAAUUUUAAAGAACCUUGUAAUGCCCUACGAAAUAUGUCCUACUUUUUUUUUUUUAUUUAUGAGACAGUUUUAUGAAAGUGUUUUUUUUUUUAAAUUAAAUUGGAAUACAUGUGAAAUGUUUACAUGUAAUGGAAAUGUUUGAAAAUGUUAUUUAUUUUCCUUUGUUGAUUUGCAACUGCAUGACAGAAUAAAUUACAAGGUACGUAUACAUUUCCACCACUCAGCUGUUCUUGACAUUGCUGAUAUAUUAACUUUGAUGCUACUGAAAUAAAUUCUGUGACUUUAA